UCCAUGUGGACACCCAGGAAGCAGAAGUCCCCCCCCCACACACACAGUCCCGUUGCUGCUCAGUGGUGGAAUGUCAGUGUUGUUCCUCCUGUGGUCGAUCACCAGCUCCUUGGUCUUGGAUGUUUUCAGGAGCAGGCUCUGAGAGAGUUAGCAUCUGUGUACCCAGGAAAGAUCAGCGUGACCAAACUAGAUGUCUCAGAUGAAGACAGUAUCUCCUCUGUGGUCCAGACUCUGACUGAGCAGCUCAAACACACUGGACUCAACCUCCUGAUCAACAACGCCGCCAUCGUGGUCCCGGCCAUGCCUGGACCGCUGUCGGAGACCACCAAGAAGGACAUGAUGGACGUCUACAACACCAAUGUGGCUGGACCCUUCCUUCUGUCCAAGAUGCUUCUACCACUUCUGGUGAAAGCAGCAGAGACUCACCGACCGGAAAAAGACAAAGGUUCUUCCAUGUCCUGUCGGAGGUCGGCCAUCAUUAAUGUUUCCACUUUGGCCGGAUCCAUCGAGAAAUGUCCCGAAAACUUCCACAUGGCCCCGAUCUACCCCUACAGGACCAGCAAGGCUGCUCUGAACAUGCUAACCCGUUGUCAGGCUGUGGACUUUAAGGUCUCCAACGUCCUGGUGACCGCCAUCCACCCGGGGUGGGUCCGCACCGAGAUGGGAGGAGCCCAGGCUCCUCUGAACACUCAGGACAGCGUACAGGGCAUGCUCACUGUGAUGUCAUCACUCAGCGACAAAGACAGCGGAGUCCUGGUGAGCUGGGAGGGAGAACGAAUCCCCUGGUAGACGUCACCAUGGCAACCACAGCACAUCCAGUCCAGAGCCAUAGACGGAGAGCUGCGGCACAUUUUGAUGAGGUUGCUACGGUGAUCAGGUGGUUCAUGGAAGCCUCAAUAGUUCCAAACAAACACAGCUGUGUCCUGUUCUGCUAUUGGACAGACAGCAGUGAGUGUGUUAAAGCAGCAAAAUACACAAAUAAAACACACACCUGUCUGUUCUGUCUGCUCUGUCUUCUUGUUUGGUCCGUCACUUUGGUAACCUUGUGUUUUUUAAUGUGCUUUCUAAAUAAAGUGGAUGUGAUUUUUCCA